CGCCCAUAUGACCCCGCCCUCUUUGAGAACUCCCGCGAAAAUGGAGCCGGAAGGGGGAGGGCAGAUAAGGAGGAAAGGGGAAGAAAUGAGCGUUUGUCCACGUGUGUCCAGCAGAUGGCGACAUAAGCAGGGACUUUUAGGAUAAGAUAAGAUAAGAUAUACCUUUAUUCGUCCCACAAUGGGGAAAUUUGGACAUUACAGCAGCAAAGUGGACAGUAGCAUUUUAACAGAAUAUUAAAUAAUAAAGGUAUAUAAAUACUAUAUAAAGAGCAGUAGCAAUAGUUGCACUUGGAGACUAAAUAUAAAUAUUGCACAGUUGGUUACUGCACUUGAAGUCUAUCGGUUAAUUAUUUUUACAAUGGUUGAGUCCUGUGAGUUUGUGUGUGUGUUUGUUUCAUGAGAAACGCACAUUCUGUACAUUCUGUUUCCAAAGCCCUGCAAAAACCAAUAAAACAUUUUUAACUACAGUGUAUCAGUCUGCCAGAACUACACUUCUUCCUGCGUCAACUGCAAUAGUUAAACUGCACGAGCAGUCAGCUUAUUAGGUACACCAAGCUCAAAAUGCAGUGAAUCACACCUUCAUGCCAAUUAACUGUAUCUCAUACUAUGUCAUAUUAUGACUAACAAUAAUGAUUGAACUUUAUUCACAUGGCACUUUUCAAAACACAGUUGCCAAGUGCAGUUUCCUUGUGUCCAAAUCAAACAUUACACCUCAAACCAAAUGGACCCUUGACUAUGAUGUAUGAAUAUGAUGAGGAGUGUCCUUGAGAUUAUACAGUGAUAAUCGGUCAAAUGAAAUAAAUUGAAGUGAAAUUAACAACGACAACAAUAAUAUAUUCAUAUUUCAAAGAAAGACUAUAAAAAGGCUGCUGUGGAUUUGAUCCAACCUCUAGCCAAAAGGAUUUUAUUAAUCUUUUUCUCUCUCCACUGUUGCCAAAGUGUCUGCUCGUUGUUGGAACUGUUGUUUUUCAAGUGUGUCGAUGUGUGUAUGUUUUUAUUUUUUUUAACACAAUGUACGUCCUAAACAGUGGCCUCAGUCACACUCGCUUCCAAAGUAAAGAUGAAAACGGCUUGAGAGCCAAUGAGAUGAAACGAUAACAUCCCGAACAAAAAAAGAAGGUAUAUUGACACUGUCAGUCGACGCUCAUGAUGAUGAUGAUGAGAACUGGUUUUCGCUGCAGCUCGGGGCGUUCCUUCUCCUUUAACCCCGCCCACACCUCCGGCGCGCCGGGCUGCCCCGGUCAGCUGUGUGUUUGUUUGUGUGUGUGUGCGUGUGUGUUUGUGUGUGUGUUUUGGUUUUUUUUGCUUCCAAUCUGCAGCCUAUGAAACAAAUCUCCACAUCUCGUUAUGAUCAAGCAUGUGCACGUUGUGAAGAGAGGCAACAACAGGUGUCCGGUCGAUACAAGCAGCUCUGUUUUGUCUGCGGUUCCACACCCUCCUCAUCUGCCUCGGACCAUCCCGCAGCUAUGUCCGGCGACAUCCUGCAGCGCACCAGCACCCUGACCCUGAACAUCAAGCACCUCGACCACAUCCGCUGCCUGGCAGACCACAUCUACUCCUCCCUGCCCUCGCCCGGACCCACCGUCGCGGCCUCCCAGGUCCCCGGCCUGUUCCGGGAGCCCUUCAUCCUCUCCGGCUACCGGCCCGUCCGGCAGGAUUGGCGAUGCUACCUCCUCAGUGUCUUUCAGAGGCACAACGAAUCCCUGAACGUGUGGACCCAUUUGCUCGCAGGGCCUGUGUUGCUGCUCCGCUGGCGGGCCAAUGUGGGCGCCCUGGGGUACACCUUGGACGCAGCCUUUCUACCCCUGAGCCUCUUCCUGGUGUCUGCCUGCACCAGCCUGUUCCUCAGCGUGGCUGCCCACCUGCUGCAGUCUCACUCGGAACACGCACACUACUUCUUCUUCUUCAUGGACUACGUGGGUGUGGCCAUGUAUCAGUACGGCAGCUCGCUUGGACAUUAUUUCUACACGUCGGAGGCAGCGUGGAGGGAGAGCUGUGUCGGGCCGUUGUUUCUACCCGGGGCUGCCUUCUUCGGGUGGCUCUCCUGCGCGGCCUACUGUUUCGCCAAAGCAAGGUACAGGCGGCCAUAUCCGCUGCGGCGUAAAAUCUGCCAGGUGAUCCCUGCCACCCUGUCAUACCUGUUGGGCAUCAGCCCCGUAGUCCACCGUCUGCUCACCGUCUCCUGGACACAAGAGCCCGCGCAGCCCCUCCUUGCCCUCCAGAUCGCCUCCUUCCUGCUGUGUGCCCUCUUCUUCUCCUGUCCCGUCCCCGAGCGCUUCUUCCCGGGCCGCUGUGACUUUGUGGGCCAGGGUCACCAGAUCUUCCACCUGUUCCUGUCCCUGUGCACGGUGUUCCAGCUGGAGGCUCUGUUCCAGGACUAUGCCAGGCGGAGGGAUGCGAUGGUGGAGGUAUUUGGUGCGGGGCAGCUGUGGUGGGCUUGUGUGUCCUUCCCCGCCCUGUUUGUCUGUUGCGUCCUGACGGCGCUCGUCACGAUGAGGCACAUGGACAAGAAACUGGCGGGUAAUCAAGAGAGAGACAAGUGACAAGCGUUCACGAUAUGUGUUGGCACGUGUGUGUGUAUGUGUGUGUGUGUGUGUUUGUGUGCGUGUGCGUGUUUGUGUGUUCCUGAAGAGUCGCAGGAGGGGAGACGUGUGAGUGGAUGUGUGAAUUUCCUCUUGUUUCUACAUCUAUGUGUGUUAAGGGGUUGUGUUUAAAUAUAUAAUAAUAAUAAUAAUAAUAAUAAUAAUGAUGAUGACGAUGAUGAUGAUGGUAGUAUAAUGAAGCGAUAUUUGUAUGUUUUAGGACAAACAAUCGUUUUAAUGGGGAAAGUGUGA